AUGCCCCGCUGCAUACGAUGUCGAUCGCGUGAACUAUGUCAUGAUCAUGGUUCUUACCGACUAGUAACUCGUGACAAAUUGCAACCUACUAUGUGGAUUAACCAAUAUGUUAUACGGCAUUAUCGGCCUACGAAUAUGACCAAUUCGAUGUGCGCCAAGAGCAUCUUCCACUGGACUAACGAAACGAUUAACAUAUGGAGUCAUCUAUUAGGAUUUAUUUAUUUUACUUACUGUCAAUAUGAAAUGAAUGUGUACCGGAUACCACUGUUAGGCGGUCAUUUCCAAGAUCACCUCAUCAUCUCGUUGUCUUUGUUUGGAGCUCAGGUAGGUACUUGGCUACCUGCUAUUUCAAAAUCUUUGGCUGCUUUUGAAAAUCGAUAA